AUUAACUUAAUGUGCUAGCUCCCCGUGAUUAGCCACGUCAUGUAAAGUUAGCAGUGGAGCAUUCUUGAUAAAAAGGCAGCAAGGGGUAGUUUUUUGGGGGGAUAUUAAUUUAAUUUUAAAGAGGAGCUUGCGUUUUAUGGUCAUAACUCGGCAGUAAUCGUAUGGAAAGAUGUCAGAUAUCGGGGACUGGUUCAGAAGCAUCCCUUUCAUCACCCGGUCCUGGUUUGCUGCCUCGAUUGCUGUUCCCUUUAUUGGAAAACUGGGAUUGGUUGAUUUCAGGAACCUUAUGCUGUUUCCAGAGCUGGUCUUUAACAGAUUUCAUCUCUGGAGACCAGUGACGGCCACUCUGUAUUUCCCAAUAACACCUAAUACUGGGUUUCUGUACCUGGUUAACCUGUAUUUCCUCUACCACUACUCCACUCGGCUCGAGACAGGGGCGUUUGAUGGCAGACCUGCAGACUAUAUUUUUAUGCUCCUCUUCAACUGGAUCUGCAUUGUUAUAACCGGGCUGCUGAUGAACAUGCGGCUGCUGAUGAUCCCUCUGAUCAUGUCAGUUCUCUAUGUCUGGGCUCAGUUCAACAAAGACAUGAUUGUGUCCUUCUGGUUCGGAACACGAUUCAAGGCACAUUAUCUACCUUGGGUCAUCCUGGUCUUUAACUUCAUCAUCGGAGGCUCGUUUGUGAAUGAACUGACAGGAAACCUGGUGGGUCACCUCUACUUCUUCCUCAUGUUCAAAUACCCCAUGGACCUCGGAGGACGCUCCUUCCUCUCCACACCAGAGUUUUUGUACCGGUUCUUCCCCAACAGGAGGGGAGGGGUGUCGGGUUUUGGAGUCCCUCCCAGCAGACCAGCUGCCCCAGUGCAAGGAGGAGGAGGAGGCGGCGUGAGAGGACGUCACAACUGGGGCCAAGGCUUCCGUCUGGGGGAUGAAUGAGUGGAGACAAGAGGAGAGAGAGACCCCCAUCCUUUUCCUCCUUUUUGUUCCCCAAAACAAACAGCGUUGCAGUUGGUGUUUAAAGUGCUUGCUUUUUCUCAUUCUUCCAUUUGAGGGAAAACUUGACUUAAUUUUUUUUUUAUGUUUAGUUAUAAAGGAUACAAGAGGAUGAAAUGUGAGGAAGCACGCAUUUUAACAAAGACAGCAGCGCAGAGCAGGACUGGAACUAUUCACACCAAGCUCUAUUCUUACUACUACUGCGGAUGUGUCCAUGUGAAGCAGAUAAAAGGAAGUAUGAAUAAAUAGAUAUUUUUUAUGUAAUGAUUCUUGAUCUCCCCUACCCCUUUUCUUCUUACUUUCUGUCCUCUCUUCACCCUCCCCUCCACCUUUUCUCCACACCCUGCCAUCGGACUGUCAAAGACAAGAGAUGCUGCAGCUGCACACCAGCACGCUGUUGAUUUGGACUCUCGUGUCUCCCUCCCUCCCUCUCUCUCUGUGAUGCCAUAUCAGAUUACAUUGUAAUUACCAACGCACUGGGAGUGUGCUCUCAGCAGAACAUGGGCAAAGCUAUUUACAGAGCACUGUUUCCAGGUCGGAUUUUACAUGGGUGUAAAAAUGUUUUUUAAGCCUCUGUAGCGCUGACCUGAUCUUCCCCUUUCUUAAAAUCUGAUCUUAACCAUAUGAGUUGAAGAUGGGAUUUUGCUUUUUUUCUUUUUUGUAAAUAAUACAGUUGUUUAUUGAAAGGAUAA